AUGAAGCAUAUAAUUAAUUUGUGGUGUAAUUCAUUUUGCUGUAUCAGGAAAAAGUCAGAGAAAUAAAGAAGGAGCUCAUUUUACUCUGAACCAAGGGAAGGGGAGCAUCCAAAACAAUCGGAUCUCCAUUAAAUGUGUCUUAAUCACACGAGGACCAGACAAGAAAUGAGGGGAGAAAUGCCAAAACUCUAAAUAAUUAUUGGUAUUAUUUCGUCUUUCAUUACACAAAGACUAAUCUAUUUUUCAUUUUAUUAAUUUUAAAAAGUGGUAUCCGAAGCAUUAAACAUACCCUAGCCAGACAAUCAAUUAGCCCCAAAUCUCUAACAGCCUCAAACAUACAUAACCCUAACCCCCUCUUAUAAUAUACUUUACCCUUGGAUUGUACAAAUAGUUUACAAGAGAAAAGAAAAAAGAAAACAGGAAGAAGGAGAAGAUGUCAUUCACUGGAACUCUUGAUAAGUGCAAGGCAUGUGACAAGACUGUUUAUGUUGUUGAUCUCUUGUCUUUGGAAGGGGUGCCAUACCACAAGUCCUGCUUCAAAUGUAGCCAUUGCAAAGGCACUUUGCAGAUGAGCAAUUACUCUUCUAUGGAUGGAGUGCUCUUCUGCAAAACUCAUUUUGAGCAACUCUUUAAGGAAUCUGGGAAUUUCAGCAAGAAUUUUCAAAGUGCUGGCAAAACUGAAAAGCAGAAUGACCUGUCGAGGACACCUAGUAAACUGUCUUCCAUGUUCACCGGAACUUUGGACAAAUGCUCGGCCUGUACCAAAACUGUUUACCCACUUGAGAAGGUGACAAUGGAAGGAGAGUGUUACCACAAUACAUGCUUUAGGUGUGCUAUAGGAGGGUGUCACUUGACACACUCAAACUAUGCUGCCCUUGAUGGUGUCCUCUAUUGCAAGCACCAUUUUGCUCAGCUGUUCAUGGAGAAGGGUAAUUACAAUCAUGUCCUUCAAGCUGCUUCCCACAAGAGGUCUGCCUCCACUCCUCCACCGGAGGCCGUUGAGGGCGAAGCUGAGGCCGCCGCCGGCGAGGGAGAUGGAAAAGCUCAUAAAGAAGAAGACAAUGAUGACAAAUGAGAAACAAAACAUUAGUUUUUAUACUACAAACAUAAAUACAUACAUAUUUUCUAUACUACAAAAGAUUAAAAUAUGAACAUUUACAGUACCGGACCAACCACUCAUAUACACACAUGCACGAUUCCUAUAUUCUAUACUCAGAUCUUAUCUUAUGAAGAGUUCUUCAAGGUUCUUUCAUUUAUAUUACCCCUGGAUUCAUUCAUCACCACUUUCUCCAACCUUCAGUUUCAUUACGCUUCAACCUCUUUGUUUUCUUAUUCUUUUUUCUUGUUUUGCAUUUCCCCCCACCUUUUUUACUCUUUCAUCAUUCAAAAUUUUAUUUUGGUCUGGGUUGCUUUCCCAAUUUACACAAUUCAGUUGUCCUUCACAAUUUUGUGCAAUGUAACAAAAUCUUAUGAGAAAUGAAUAUUGUUUUUCUCUAUUAUGAAAAAAUUUGUCAAGCUUGUAUGUGAUGUGAAUACUAUUUUGGUUUUAUGUUGUGUUUGCAAUGACUAGAAGUAGAUUAGCAAACAUAAAAGAACAUGGUUGAUUGAUUCUUUUUUCUACUUACACAAAAUUAAGAUUCAGAGUUUACUAGAACUUAAAUGGCCACUAAACUUUAGUGCAAUUGAUGCUCAUUGUCAUCGGUAGAAUUCUCCUGCUACUGAUGUUAAUUGUCGCAACAUCUUAUUUUCCCACCUUUCUCUCUCAUAUCAUCUCCCCUUUUUUUCAAUUCAAUCUUGGGUUUCCAUCCCCUUCCAUGGCACUAUGUGAUGAAAUUUGAAACUCUUAGGAACUAAUACUUCUCCAUUGGCUUGAUUAGUUAGCAAUAUCUUGAAAAUGUUUUUACGAUUGGAUCGUCAAUGGAGCUAACUAGCAAAUUCUCGAUCGAGUUUCUAGAACUUAAUUUACAGCGGAAUGUAGAAAAUAAGCUUGGGGUGAUCAGGUGUUAGUAACUGAUUUGGUGUUUGGCAAUUGGCAGAACCAGAAACUCGACUUCAGAGUAUAAAUAGGUUAACUCGAC